GACAUAGUCUCAGGCAUUUACGUUUCGCGUUUAGAUAGGCGUGAAACUUUUUGUGGAAUUAAGGACAAAUUUAUUUUUAAGAAAAGUGCGGAGCAAUGUGUAGUUUUGAUUAAAAAUCGGAUUACAGUUUGAAACCGCCUUCCGUUUCUUUAUAAUUUUUUCGGUUUUUGUAAAUUAAAGUGUUUAAAUCGACACCAAGAUGACGAAAACACUUUGUCUUUUGAUUAAUGCAUUUGUAUUGGUGCAGAUGGUUCGUGGACAGGCUGCUAAGACAGCAUGGGCCGCAAACGCUGCAAUGGGUCUUGGCACCACAGCACCACCUGAUCCUACAGAACACCAAAUCAAUAUGGCAAUUGUUGGAAUUAACAAUGCAAAAACCGAGACAGCUGCCGCUGCAGCUGCGGCUGCUAUCUACAGUCCUGCACUAGAUCUGUCGGAUAAUGUGAAACAAGCCUUGGAAAACAAAAUUCGUCAGCUUCGUACUCCAGCAGGAUGGCCACACCCAAUUCCUCCGCCUUUGCCCUUCGGUUUCGACGUCAUGCACAUCAUUAUGAAUUCUUUCUAUGGCGGUCCGGUGACAUCCGCCCCAAUGAUUUCAGGACCACCGGCUCCAGCUGCGAUACAAAAUCGAGGCCCACCUACAUCCAUCCGCCGCGGUCCAUCACCAGGGACAGCCUAUUUACCAGGCGGAGCAAUGUCGGGUAUCGGAGCUAUGGGAACAUUCGGUGCUGGAAAUGGACUGACAGGUCCAUCAAGAUUUAUGGAGCCUACAAACUGGGAAGUUGAUCUUGCUGUUCACAAUGUUAACGCUGCAACAACCGAGGCAGAAGCGGCGAAGGCUGCUGCCGCCGUUUACAGAAUAGGCCUCGACGCACCGGAUGCUGUGGUGAGUGCGUUUGAAGAGAAGGUUGCAAGACUAAGGAACCCUAAUUGGACCGGACGAAACCCGCCUAAACUCCCAAGGACAUUUAGGCCAAUGUCAUUCAUUGUCCGGGCAUGGAAGGAAUUGCAAACACUAGCAAAUGCCCAGGCUGCUGCCAAUGCAGCUUCAAUGGCUAUCGCGGCACCUAACCCAGCAGUGAUGAAUUUCAGAGGUCCUCCAGCGGUUCCAGCCCCGCCCAAACAGAGUAAACCAAAACAACCUGUUACAAAACCAGCAAAAUCAAAGACAUCUAAACGUCCUCCACCUCCGUCCAGAGCUCAAGUUGAGAGACAGCUCCGAAUGCAGGAACAGAGAGCCCCGCCUCAAAAUUCUUUCUUUCAAAACUUUAUUGAAAAAAGCAGGCGGAAUAAGCCUGCCCCUGCGCCGCCCGCUUUUCCUAACCUAUUUGGAAUGAACUCUGGUCAAAGGCAAAUUGAUCAAAGAUAUCAAAUGUUUUCACCCCCGGUUCAUAACAUGAAUGCCCCAAGGUACAUAACGAAUGCUCCAAGACAAGCACCUCCUCAACAACCAAGGUAUCAAACAAAUGCGCCCGCUAGGAUAUUUCAAGAUACUCCGAGAUACCAAACAAACGCGCCUCCUCAGACUUUCCAAAAUACACCAAGAGCGCCACCUAAGACUUUCCAAAAUACACCAAGAGCGCCUCCUCAGACUUUCCAAAAUACACCAAGAUAUCAAACAAAUGCGCCGCAUGCAACUCAGCCGCCAAUUAUUCCAAACAAACCAGAACCAAAAAAGCCAGUUGAUCCGUUUUUAGGAAGUGGACAAGUAAAACAAGCAGUGCCACCAACACGUCAAACAGACAUGUUUAGAAAUACAAAACAGCCAACAACAACUAAGUCAAGGAAGGAGCCACUUAGUUUAGAAGAAUUAUUCGGACUACCGGCCGAAAUACCUUCAGUCAAAACUCAACCUCCAACACCAAAACUUGUAACACCAACACCAACGACGAAUCCCCAAAAACCAGCACCCAGAUAUCCCUCUAGUAUUCUUAAACCACGGCAACAGUCUGGAGACGUGCCAAAGCCUCCAUCUUUGAUCAAAGCGACAACAAAAUCUGUACCUAAACCACCUUCAUCAAUGUCAUUCACUCGACCAGAGGCUAGUAUAACAUCAAGAAGACAGAGUGUUGACAGGUAUGGUCCAACAAUACCAGUAACGAAAGUAACACCGCCAACACCAAAACAGUCUAACGUUUUUGUAAGAGACAGUGUUAAAUUACAGAAGAAAGUUGACCCGACAAUAAAACCGGUCCAAGUAAAACGAGAAAAGAAAGUUAACCCAUCAAAACUUUCUAGAUUACAAGAAAGGUAUCCUGGUUUAAAAUACAAACGCUCGUCAAAACAACAGUUAAAAGAACAACAACAACAGCAUCAUCAAGAACUGGAUUACUUUGAAGGUGGUCAGAAUCCGCAAAUAAUGCCGCUUGAUGAGCCUUUCACGAACAAUAAACGACGACCAAGCGAAAUGCCCUCUGCAAAAUAUUCGGUGUCAAGUGCUCAUAAAAGUUCAAAACCGCAUACGCCUUCAUAUUUUAAAAAGUCCCAUCAGAUUUGGUCCCCAACAGGCAAUCUUGGCGUAGGAAUAAAUAAAAUAUUGAAGUCGUCAAUCAUUGUAGAUGGCGUACCUAUACCAACUAAGACCCCGCCCCCACCGCCCCCGACAACAACUACUACCACCACCACUACUACUACUACUACAACAACCACACCAAAACCAACAACUACUACAACAACAACACAAAAGCCGACAACAACAACUCAAAGGCCAACAACAACAACUACAACGCAAAGGCCAACAACAACCACGCAUGCGCCACAAACAACACGAGUUAAGUCAACAACAACAAAAGUAUCUAAGAAAACCGUAGCUCCUGCGGACACAGCUGCUGCAAAAUCUGGUAAACUUUCACCAAAAGAUAAACUUCGAGAACUUGAAACACUUUUACGUGACAUUUCUCCAGGGGAACUUGAAAGCCUUGUCAAUAUAAUCAAAGCUAAAGCUACUGGAGGCCCUGCUCCACCUCCAAAAGCUGAACGUCCACCACCACCGGUACAACCAGCACCACAACCACAACCACCUCCCCAACCUCAACCAACCCAGUACGAGCAACCACCACCCCAGUACGAGCAGAUACCACCCCAGUAUGAGCAGCCACAAUCUCAAUAUGAACCUCAAAGACGACAACAACAACAGGGUUAUAUCCCACCACCUCCAGGUUCUCCAAAUAUGGGCCCAUCCCGAGAGAUGAGGAAUGGCCCACCCCCACCAAACAGAGGCCCUUACAGGGGACCACCUCCACCCGGGCGGAGGGGACCAAAUGGCCCACCAAUGGGUAACAAUCAAAACAACCAGAUGAAUCCAUGGGCACAAAAUGGACCGCAAAUGGGAGGGCCACAAAUGGGAGGACCAAUGGGCGGGCCAAUGGGAGGACCUAUGGGCGGACCAAUGGGAGGACCUAUGGGCGGGCCAAUGGGAGGACCUAUGGGCGGACAGAGAGGUGGACCUGGCGGCCUUGAUCCUAAUAAUCCUCAAGUUGCAAGACUUAUCCGAGUGAUUUCAAAGCGAAUCCCGGACAACCAACACGCACCUGGUUCGGCCAGUAACAUGUUGGCAGGACGUACAGGUGGUCACAGGAACCCGGUAACCGGCGAGGCUCCCGAGGCUGGCGAAGGCGGAGCAGGCAUGAACCCCAUGAUGAUGGCUAUGAUGAUGAACGGUCAAGGAGGCGGUGGCGGCGCAGGAGGUGCUGAUCUCAGUGCACUUCUCGGUGGAAUGGGCGGAGGUGGCGGAGGCGGGGCUUUAGCCAGUUUGUUGGGAGGUUCAGGCGGAGCAGGGGGUAUGGGCGGUCUAGCGGCCCUUGGAGCUCUCGGAGGCGGCGGUGGCGGCGGCGGCGGAGGUGGAAACAGUCAGUUGGACAUGCUGACAAAAGCUUUACAAGGGCCCACGGCACCUUUGAUGGCACUAGGAGGGGGCGAAGGCGCUCAAGCCGGUGGUAACCAGGCCUUGGCAAUGCAGUUAUUAAAUAACGCCAUGAUGGGCGGCGGUCAAGGUCAAUCUUCCGCCGGUGAGGGCGCAUCGUCUAAUACUGGCAUGGCUGGCAAUCCAAUGGCGAUGUUACAAGCUCUAGGCGGUGGUUCUUCGGGUGGCGGCGGAGGUAAUCCACUGGCAAUGUUGCAGGCAUUUCAAGGCGGACAGGGGGGUUCCGGAGGUUCGGCCGCUGAAGGUGGCAUGGGAGGAAUGAACCCUGCUCUGAUGGCAAUGCUCGGAGGUGGCGGAGGUGGUUCCGGGCUUAGUGCGAUGGGAAGUCUUGGUGCACUGCUUGGCGGGGGGUCGGGUGGCGCCGGUGCGGCCAGCGGACUUGCAGCGGCCAUGAUGAACCCAGACGGUCCAGAUUUCUUAACAUCAGGAAACCCUCUAACGACAAGCGCACUUCUAGCGGCUGUAAGCGGAGAACAAAAUCCACUUACAACAGGUGUAACGCCUGCUCCCACACAAGUUUCUACUAAGAACGGUGCUGCGAAAGCAACGGCCAGCCCGCCCGUGACAGGGAAACCAGGUUUUGAGCUGGGAGCGAGCGUUGCUGUAGGUGACCGUGUCAAGAUAACGGAGGCUGAGCGCAGGAAGGAGCAACAAUUACAGAUGGAAGAAAAGCGACGACUGAUACAACUUCAGGACCAGAGAUUGAAACAGAAACGUGAACAUCAGGCACUACAAGAAAAGAGGCGUCAACAAGAGGAGAUAAUCCGCAGACAAGAGGAACAGAUUAGAAGGCAACAAAGGAUUCUUGAACAACAAGCAGCUAAACAAUCUCAAAUGUCAGCAAAAAAGAAAAUGCCAACCCAAUCACCAGGUUCUCAACAACAACAAAAACAACAACAACAGCAGCAGCAGCAGCAACAACAACAACGUUACCAACAACAACAGCAGCAGCAGCAACAACAACAGCAGCAGCAGCAGCAACAACAACAACAACAAGAGCAGCGGCGGCGGCAACAACAACAACAACAAAACAGACAAAAUCAAAUAAUGCAAGGACCACCACCUCCCAGAAACCAAAGGGGUCAACAUAAUCAAGGGCCGUCAAACGCAGGACCUUCCCCGACGCCACAACAACAAACAAAUGCUAACAAUGGCCCCGCCCAGCAGAACAACGGCCGCGCUCAACCACCGAACGCUGGAAACCAGCAACCUGGGGGUCAAAUGGACUUUAUGCAAAUGCUUAUGGGUGGCGGAGGAGGGGGCGGAGGAGGGGGCGGAGGUGACAUGUUUGGUGGAUUAAUGUCAAUGAUGGGUGGCGGUGGAGGCGGGGGAAUGGGAGGGGCAGCAGAUUUAGCCAGUCUGUUUGGAGGAGGAGCGAUGGGAGGAGGAGGAGCGAUGGGAGGAGCGAUGGUGGAACUGGAGGUGGAAUGGAUAUGUUAGCUGCACUUACAGGUGGAGCUGGUAUGGGAGGGGGUAAUGUUGGUGGUGGUGGUGGUAUGGACCUCCUGGCAGCACUUGGUGGCGCUGGUGGUGGAGGUAUGAAUCCUCUUGGUGGACUCGGUGGGGGAGCAACCGGAGGUAUUUCUUCCAAUCAAAAUUUGAUAUCUAUCAGAUCUAACUGUUGUAUUAAAAAAAGAAAAUAAGCUUGGUUGGCAGAGUAAGGUUUAUAUAAUUGGUUUAGUGACAUAAAAAGAUAACUAUACCUCUUGACGACAUUCCUAAAUUCAUUCUGCCGAAUUACCACAAUAUUACUUUACCGAGUACCGAGUGUCAAAUAAAGUUAAGAAAAAUAUAUGUCACAAGAGAUCAAAAGUGCUACAGAUCAAAUCAGUCGCGAAGCUAUAAUUAAAUGUCCAUAUUAAUAGCUUCAGAAUGAGAAAAAAACCUACUGAUAUCUCUUUAAAAUCUCUAAAAACUUGCAAAACGGAUUUGUGAUUCUACCCAGGUUCCCGUUUUGUAUUUGAGAUCAUUCUCAAUAGCGCAUUCGAGGGUACUUUUAUUUAUAUAAUAAGAAUGAAUUUGGUUCGAUUGUGUAGAAAGUUUUACGCUUACAGCCAUCCUUGGGAGCAAUGACUAUACUGUUUAUUGCUGACUUGUCCCUGGUGGGUUUUGAACCGACGCGGCGACAUAUUUAUAAACAAACCUGAAAACAGGAAUGGUUCGGAUCUUUGUUUAAAUUAUAUAUGUGUUUAUAUGUAUGUACGACUAUGCACAUACAUUUAUCUUAUUUUUGAAGAACAUAGUUUUCUCUGGAAUUGAAAAACAAACGCUUAUCUUGGUUAGUGUUGUGAAAGAUAUGGUCACAUAUAUUUUUAACUUUUCUUCUUGGAUCACUCCUUCUCCUUUAUUCUUUUCUCGUUUUCUUCUGUUAUCUUUAUCUUUUAU